AUGUUCGCGAGACAGUCCGUCUGCUCGGCUUGCAAGAAGCCCGCGGUGCUGAGGCUUGUGCAGCAGCCCCGGAGUCAGUACCUUCAUGCGUCCUCACCAUUGAAUCUUCCCCGCCGGAAGGACUUUUUCUCCUCCAAUGCCUACCUCAAUCAGAAGCAGGCCAAAUCUGGCGAAGUGACUUCUGAGUCGCUUUCAGAACCACAGAAGCAGCGAAGAAGAAGUAGUAGGUUACCGGCCGCUUCAACCUCCCUGCGACGGGUCGCAGUCGAGGCACAAAGGUCGAAGGAUGGCUUUGCAUCCCGAGCCCAGCUCCGAGAGCAGGGCCUUUAUCAGACUAAGACCGUAACUGCCUACGCCGUGUCAGAACAGUUCGAUAUGCGGAAAGUGAGAACCAUUCUGCAAGACAGAGGCUACGAGCCAGAUCCGUUCGAAACCGGCCUUUACCCCCAAGUCGUUCACGUUCAAGUUCCCCUAGACUCUAUUCGACGUGUGAGCAACCCGAGUACAACCGACCUGUCCCCGGAAGAGAUCGGCGAUAUCUUUGUUUUCCCGUCUGGUACGGUAGUGGCAUGGGGCCUUCCCGAAGGGUUCACAUCUUUCCUAGCAACAAGGACUUUACUUCCAGCGGCUGAAGGGGCCCAUGUCGACGAACUGGAAACGGAGGAUCUUGAAUUCGUUGAGGACCCAUCUCGGGAACUCAGUAGCAUCAAGGGCGACACCAUCAUCCUCGGGACCAAGCCCAGUACGAAUGAGCCCGAGUCGCAGCAGUUGGGGAAUCGACAAUCCGUAGAAACGGUUCUCAGCAAGAUUGCAUUCUCCUCGGGGCUCGCUCGAAGUACGAAGCUGGCAGUUUUGGAGGCAUUGCUAUCGAAUUACUUCGAGUCCACCAGACCUAUUCCAACGAUGCUGUCGCAAGGCUCCCGCCUUCCCUUUACGAGGGAUUUCAUUCUUCGCAAGACCGGCCAACUGCUGAGCGUUCGUGCGCAGCUGAACCUGUACUCGGAACUCACAGACUCCCUUCCCGACAUCUUCUGGGACAGCCGACAUGAGCUCGGAUUAGAGGGAUACUAUGAGCAGGUAGGAAGGGCGCUGGAUGUGGGAAUCCGCAUCAAGCUUUUGAACGAGAAGAUGGAUUAUGCGCAGGAGAUCGCCAGUGUUUUGCGCGAAAGAUUGAGCGAAACGCAUGGGCUCCGACUUGAGUGGAUCAUCAUCCUGCUCAUCGCCGUAGAGGUAGGUUUCGAGGUAUUGAGGCUGUGGAAGGAGCGGGUCCAUGAGAAGGAGCUGCAGGGUGAGGGGAAGACUGUGGACUGA